AUGGCUACUAACGAGAAUAUCGACUUGGACGAGGAAAAUGGAAUCGCAUUAGUUGCAACGGCCAUAACCUUGUUGGCCCUCAGCUGGAUCUCGGUUGGGUUGCGUACCUACACGAGAGUUUGGUUAAUGAAAGGCCAACAAGUCGACGACUGGCUCAUGCUAAUUGCUCAGAUCAUAUUCACCGUGUCUUGCUCUUUCAUCCUGGAAGGCGUUGAGAAAGGAAUAGGAAAACACAACGACGCCUUCCAGUCCGAUGAGACCAAAGUACAGGCUCUUAUGGCCUUAGCAACUGCGACUUACAUUCUAGAUAUGAUGUUCAUCAAACUCAGCAUUGGCGUCUUCUUGCUUCGACUCAGUGUUAAGAAAGUUUACAACUGGAUAAUAUGGAUUAGUCUGACGAUCAUCGCCAUCUGGAGUCUUGUUCUCUGGUUUUGGAAUCUUUUCCAAUGUAACCCAGUAGAGAUGCAGUGGGACUUCCGUAUCAAAGACGGCACAUGUGUUUCUGCGGACCAAAUCGUCUCAGCUGCCUAUGCGAUAAGUGUCAUGACGGUCCUAUCUGACUGGCUCUAUGCAUUACUUCCCAUCCCGAUGCUGUGGUCUGUAAAGAUGACAAAACAAGCCAAAGCAACUGUCAUCGUUAUUCUAGGACUGGGUAUAUUUGCAAGUGUCGCAACUCUGGUACGCCUACGCUUUCUCGCUGAUCUUACUGACACCGAGGACAUACUAUCUAAUAUCUCUCAAGUUGCUGGCACCGAUGCCAUGGUUUGGACCCUGAUAGAACCGGGUGUUGCCAUUAUUGCAUCUAGUCUAGCUACCAUUCGACCACUUCUACGCACCAUGAAGAUCAGAGGCUUCGAAUCUACCGAUCACACUUACGGCACGGGGCAUUCGGGAGUUGUCAAGACCAACCCAAACCGCCACAAUGCUGGAGUCAUGGUCAUGCCAGGCUUCGGCCCCGAUGAUGUCUCGCUGAAUAGCGUCUCUCCCCAUAGCCACGGCCGACCCUAUCCGGACGAUACUCGCAUUUUACCUCCUCGACGCCCAACAGAUAUUCCCCUUUCGCCUGGACAAGUUAGCCUCGCCAAGAGCGAGAUUUUGGUACUACAAAGCAACACCUCGCCCCCACAAACACCUCCUGAGACCCAAAUGUAUCGGUCUCCUUCUGGAUCAUUUGAUCAGAUCCACGAUCUUGAGGCGCAGAGUCAAGAUCUCGAGCGCAAUAAUAUUAGGGGAAAAAGGAGAUGA